AUGCAGGAAACCGUUCGUCCAGCUUUCACCGGCCGCGAGGAACCUCGACUUUCGUACGGCAUUCCUUUCCCCGAGGCUACUGCUCGCCAUGUCGAGCAUACAUUCAAAGCGUCAAGGAUAUACAUCAUCAGCUCGGGGUCCCUGACGCGCAAUACGGAUGCCCUCGAUCGAUUGAAGACGGCGCUUGCCGAGAAAGUUGUCGGAGUACGCAUUGGCAUGAAAAGUCACACGCUUUGGUCUGAGGUUCUCGAAAUCACCAAUGAAGCUCGCGAAAAGAAAGCCGAUCUGCUCGUGACCCUGGGUGCGGGCAGCUUGACGGACGGGGCGAAAAUAGUAUCUGUUGCGCUUGCCAAUGAUGUUUCAACCUUUGAGCAGCUGGGCACAUUAUCCGAAGGACCAACUAAACGAGAGGCUAUCAAUGAAUCCAAAGUGCCUAUUAUCAGCAUUCCGACAAGUCUGUCUGCCGGGGAAUACUCCAACUUUGCUGGAGGCACAAAUGAUAAAACGCAUCGGAAACACAGCUUUCAGAAACCACUUCUGGGCCCACGAUUAAUUGUGCUCGAUCCUGAAUUAACCGCAACAACACCAGACUCUAUCUGGUUGAGUACCGGCAUCCGGGCUGUGGACCACUGCGUCGAGACUCUUUGUUCCAAUAUGGGCUACCCGGAGAGUGACAAACUAGCAGAAGAUGCCCUGGGUAGGCUUGUUCCUGGCCUUGUGAAUUGUAAACAUGACGGAAAGAAUUACACUGCUCGCCUGGAAUGUCAAUUGGGGUCGGUUGAUGCUAUGGCGGCUUGCACCAGUGGAAAGGUUCAGUUAGGGGCUAGCCAUGGUAUUGGCCAUCAGUUGGGUCCCCUCGGAGUCGGCCACGGAGAAACGAGCUGCAUUCUGCUCCCUGCUGUUUGCAAGUUCAAUGCCGCCCAAGGCGCCAACGUUGCACGCCAGGCCCGUGUUCACAAGUUUCUCAUCGAGAACCCUCUUGUUAGCGAUGUCUUGAAAAAGUACAAAGUUGACCCUAGCUCGUCUGAUCUGGGUGACGUUCUCGAUGCUGUUAUUCGCGAGUUGGGCAUGCCGCGGUCUCUCAAGGAUGUCGGGGUUGGUCGAGACAAGUUGGAUCUUUUGGCAGAGCAUAGUCUUCAUGAUAGAUGGUGCAAAACCAACCCUGUGCCAUUGAAAGAGAAGAGCCAGGUGCUUGAGAUUUUGGAGAUGGUUGUUGGAUAA